CCCAAACCUCCAGAAAGCAACAAAUCUUUCCCCCAGAACCAAAAAAGUCACAAUCGUUGGGCAAUAAAUUUCAACAUUUCAGCAAUUGGAUAAAUCUUCGAUCAGCAUUCCCAAGGAAGUGUUGAACCACACUCCCCCAAGUUCUUCGUUAUAAAAAAUUCCCCAAAUUCGAUUCUCCCCAGUCCAUCCAUCGAUCGCGACCAUGUCCGGGGAGGAAUUGUUCGUCGGCUCCGUCGAUCAAGGCACCACCAGCACGCGAUUCAUCAUCUACGAUGGAUCGGGGAAAGUCGUCGGAUCGCAUCAGACUGAGUUCACUCAAUUCUAUCCCCAAUCAGGAUGGGUGGAGCACGAUCCGGUGGAGAUUCUGGAGAGCGUGAGGCUGUGCAUUGCGAAGGCUGUGGACAAGGCGACUGCUGCAGGCCAUAAUGUCGAUAGCGGGCUGAAGGCCAUUGGAUUGACCAAUCAGAGAGAGACAUCUGUCGUUUGGAGCAAAUCCACUGGCCGUCCUCUUUACAACGCCAUUGUUUGGAUGGACGUCCGUACAAGCUCCAUUUGCAGAAAACUCGAGAAAGAGUUGCCGGGGGGAAGAACACAUUUUGUGGAGAGCUGCGGGUUGCCGAUCAGCACCUACUUCAGUGCACUGAAGCUCCUAUGGCUUCUUGACAACGUCGACGACGUGAAGAAAGCAGUCGAGAAUGGCGACGCGUUGUUUGGAACCAUCGACACGUGGUUGAUCUGGAACAUGACGGGAGGGGCGAAGAACGGUUUACACAUUACAGACGUGUCUAACGCCUCACGAACGAUGUUGAUGAACCUUAAGACCCUAGAUUGGGACGAGAAAACUCUCAACAUACUCGGGAUCCCCGCGGGAAUUCUUCCAAAGAUCGUGAGCAAUGCCGAGGUUAUCGGGACCAUCGGAAAAGGCUGGCCGAUUCCCGGAGUCCCGAUAUCCGGCUGCCUCGGCGACCAGCACGCGGCAAUGGUGGGACAGGUGUGCCGGAAAGGCGAAGCCAAGAGCACGUACGGGACGGGUGCGUUUAUACUUUUGAACACGGGGGAGGAGAUCGUUAAGUCGACUCACGGAUUGUUGAGCACGAUGGCGUACAAGCUUGGGCCGAAGGCAGCGACGAAUUACGCGCUCGAAGGCUCGAUUGCGAUCGCCGGGGCGGCGGUUCAGUGGCUGAGGGACAGUCUCGGGAUAAUCAAGACGGCGAGCGAGAUCGAGGUGUUGGCGAAGCAGGUCGAAAACUCUGGAGGGGUUUACUUCGUUCCCGCGUUCAACGGGCUGUUCGCGCCGUGGUGGCGCGACGAUGCGAGAGGCGCGUGCGUUGGGAUCACGAGGUUUACGAACAAGUCACACAUCUGUCGGGCCGUGCUCGAGAGCAUGUGCUUUCAGGUGAGGGACGUGCUUGACUCCAUGCACAAAGAUAUCAGCGACAAGGGCGAGACGAAGAACGAGAACGGCGAGUUUCUUCUACGAGUCGACGGCGGCGCCACCGUGAACAACCUACUUAUGCAAAUUCAGGCGGAUAUUUUGGGGAGCCCGGUUUUGAGGCCGAGUGAUAUAGAGACGACGGCGUUGGGGGCAGCGUAUGCGGCGGGAAUCGGGGCUGGAAUUUGGACGGAAGAGAAGGUGUUUUGUGCAGGUUUAGGAGGUGGGGAGAAGGUGGAGAAGGCUAUAAUAUUCAGACCCGCCAUUGAAGAAGAGGUGAGGAAGAAGAAGGUGGAGUCAUGGUGCAAGGCAGUUUCGAGAACCUUUGAUUUGGCUGAUCUCUCUCUGUAAUCAUAAAAUAUUUUACUUCAUUAUGUGUUUUCUUGCUUUUCUUGUUGGGUUCUGAAAUUACUUCUUGCUCUCAACUUUGUCGUGGACUGUUCAUGGCUUUGAUUAUAAAUAAAUACUGUGAAAAUUACGUUGAAAAAAAAUAAAAAUAAAUCCGUAAUAUGAUUGCUACUA